CAUCAACAGUCCUGCCGUGGCAUCCUCUUUACCUGGUCUGACUACAGUCGUGAUUACACGUCUGUCAACAUGCAGUAUAAUCGACAUCGCGUCCGCAUGAAAGGUUUUUGGUGGUGAUCGUUUUUUCUUCUUCACUAAAGUGAUAGACGACUUCUUGAAAAGAAGGACACAAACUGGACACUUUGUACUUUUAUUUGUUGCUCUGCUCCAAAAAUAACAUUACUAUAAAAGGAGGUCCGACACGAACAUUUAGUCAAUGAGAUUAUUCGUUAUUCAACAUAACAUUUACUGACAGCUACACCAGCUCACCUUGAAAGGAUCUUCCAUCAGUUUUAUGACCAUGCUCAUGUGGAUUCUUGCAGGAGAGACAGGAGCAAAAAUUGAACCUCAUGUCUCAACAAAAUAAUUUGUGAGGCAAACCUUUCCUCCGCACGAGUGCUCAAUAGACCAGCAUGGAGAGAGGGGUCAGAACAAGAUUAGAAACUGGAGCGGCAGAUGAGAAAGACACUCUCCCUCAAGGAAAUGCACCAAUAUCAGGGAGUGGGGACUUAGGACCUGAAUGUUGCAAACGUAAUGGCUUGAUCAAUACUCAUAACUUAAUGGUGGAGACUAAGGAAGGACUGGUGACUGUCUAUUCUGCCCCACAGUAUCAGGGCCAUGUGGUGUCCAAGGACAAAAAUGGGACACAGGAUGGUAGAGGGCCUCAACAGUUGCUAAACCCUAGCACCCUGCCCCAAGCUAUAGACCCUUACAACAGACCCAACCUCAUUCUUUACCCCGAGAGCAUGUUGAGAGCAUGGGGUGAAGGAGGGGACUGCUGCGAGACCACCUUUAUUGAGGACAUGACCCCUGCCUCUUCUGGAACAGCUGUCUCUAAAGAUGGAUUUCUGUUCACUGACAGCAAGCUUCUGGAUCUCUCUAUGGAAGAUGCCAAGAUCCAGACACUGUCCUAUGAUGUAGAUGAUGAUGAUGAUGAAUUUCCAGAACUUGAGAGUGAGUACUCAAGUGACUCUGAGAGCGAGGACAAUUUCCUCAUGAUGCCCCCCAAGGACCACAUGGGCCUCAGCGUGUUCUCCAUGCUCUGCUGUUUCUGGCCCCUUGGCAUCGCAGCUUUCUACCUGUCUCACGAGACAAACAAAGCGGUGACUAAAGGGGACUUCCACCACGCCAGCUCCAGCUCCAGACGUGCACUCUUCCUCGCUGUGCUGUCCAUCACCAUCGGGACUGGCAUCUAUGUGGGUGUGGCUGUGGCUCUCAUUGCAUACCUCUCCAAAAACAAUCACUUAUAGCCUUCCCAUGCACACCCCAAUCUUACCUUUCAGCAGACGGACAGAGACUGGUUCACUUCAAGGCCAGCUUAGCUGUCUGGGGAAAAAAGCAAAGGUCACGAUAUGGAACUCACCAGCAAUGUGUUCCACUCCUGCACUUUUAAGAGUUGCCCCAUUUGAUUUAGAAGAUCGUCAUUUGUGCAAACGAGCUGGUCACCUUUCAGCAUUUUUCUAUCAUGUGACAUUAUCAGUAUUGUUUGUUACACUCACUGUUAAUGAAAGGGGAAAUCUAAUGCUACUCACAUAAAAUUUCGGCUGUUAAAGUCAACAUGAAAUCCAAAUUGACCCUAUUUACUUAGGUAAUACACAGACAGAAUUUCGUAAGCAACAUAUAAGUUGUUAAAAAAAUGAUCUUAACAGUAUGAAUCAUGCCCACUUUUCACUCUCCAAUCAAUUCCCAAUAGAUAAUAAUAAUAAUAAUAAAAAUGAAAAAAACAAGUCCCGUUCUACAUUUUCCUUUGUUGAAUAUCCUGUUUCGCUUGGAAAUACUUCAGAUUGCAGAAGUAAAAUUAGUUACAAACAGGGUUUCAUGUUAACUUUCAUCUCAGAUUGUCACAAACACUAUUUGGUGUGCCGAUCUAAACUGUCAAAAAUAUCUAAACAAUCAGUGAUUUUAUUGAAUGUUUUUUUGUGGGGGGUGUGAUGUUUAUCGAGAACACAGUCUAUAUGAAGUGCCACAGUGCUUUCAAGCAUUUUUAAUAAGAGCUACUGAAUCUAAAGGUCUGUGACUCUCUUUUGAUAUUACAGACACUAAAUGAACAAAGCCAUAUGGAUGGGUUGCUCAAACCUGUGUGCGGACUUUUUUUUUUUUUUUCAGAACGUAUGGAUGGAGUCAUUCUUGUGGGGCUGUAAUAUUCUAUCUUAACGUCUCUGUAAAUACGUCCUGAUGCUUUCGGUUUCAAUGUCAAUGUAUAAAGCUGUAAUAACUAUCAAAUUUUCUCCCAUAAUCUGGGAACCACCUUUAGCCAGCAAGCUCAUGCUAAUUAAAUGUGGUCUUUUCA